AUGUCUGGAUACGCUGAUUACAUGUGUGCUAAAAAUAUUCUAAUGGCUCAUGCCAGCGUGUAUCAUUUGUAUAAUAAUGAAUUCCGUAAAGGUCAAGGUGGUCAGAUUGGUAUAGGUCUUAAUGGCAAAUGGUAUGAACCCCAAACAAAAGACGAUGUUGAAGCUGCAGAAAAUUUUAUACAAUUUGAGCUGGGAAUCUACGCCAAUCCAAUAUUUUCUGAAGCUGGAGAUUUCCCAUCAGCGGUAAAAGAAAGAAUAGCAGCUAGGAGUCAAGCUCAAGGAUUUUUAAGAUCUAGGCUGCCGGAACUCACUCCUGAAGAAGUUGCUUUUAUUAAAGGAAGUUCCGACUUCUUUGGUUUAAACCAUUACUCUACCGUCAUAACUAAUAAAACUAAAUCUAUACGUGAAGAUUCUAGUUCCCCACUUUAUAUCGAUGAUGUCGGACUAAACGUUGAGCAAUCGGAUCAUAUAAAGGUACCUUGGGGUUUAUAUAACAUGUUAAUAAAAAUACGAGACGAGUACAACAACCCUACAGUUGUUAUUGCUGAAAAUGGUUUUUCAACUGAAGGUGGUCUAAUUGACGAUGACCGCAUACAUUACUUCAGAACUCACAUUGAUGCUGUGCUCGAUGCUAUUGAUGAUGGAUGUGACGUCAGACUUUACACUGCUUGGAGUUUAAUGGACAACUUUGAAUGGACGCUUGGAUAUAAUGGACGUUUCGGACUGUACGAGGUGGACUACGAGAGUCCUGAACGCACCCGCACUCCUCGCAAGUCUGCUUACUUCUACAAAGAGAUGCUGCGCACACGGACAUUGGACUAUCAUUAUGAACCUGAUAUGAGCUUGGGAAUGAAUGUCGAUGAUAAUUAA